AUGCUCUCACGUGUUGCUGCAGUGAAGGCAACCAAAAAACACAACCGUCGCCGCGUGAGCGGAUCCAGCGGAAGGAGGAGGGAAGGAGGAGAGAGUGAGCCGCAGAGGUCCAGCAUGUCCCGGCGUGUGUUUAAUUCCGCGGUGCUGCUCCUACUUGUCUUGUUGAUGUGCUGUGGCAGUGGAGCUGCGCACGCUGAGCAGGCAGGGGCCGCUGUUGAUCCUUUCACAGGGACGACGUCGAUAUCAUUUGCUAAUUGGAGGGAGCUUAACGAGGCCGGAAGCAAAAUCACCUCGCUCCGUGUUCCUGGCCUCGUUAAAGUGGGUGAUGAUGUAUUUGCCGUUGCUGGAGCGCGGUGCGAGGAAAGGAAUGGAGCCGGCAGCUGUGCUGGGAUUGUGUCAAAGCACCUAAAUAUAACUGAUGACUCAAUGGAUAUUUCAACGUCGGCUGUAAGUUUGUUUUGCAUGCAGCUUGUGGACACCGCCGCGAAUAAUUUUGGGACAACGGAAUUGUUGCGGCCAACGACGCUUGUAAUUGGGGACAGUGUUUACGUGCUCCUGGGAAACUACAGUCGUACAAAGCCGCAGGUUGAAGGUACGAAUGAGCGGGGCCUUUUACUCGUGAAGGGGACUGUCGCUGAUGAGGGUGGAAAGAAGAAAAUCAAAUGGAAUGAGACCCAUGUGGUGAAGCCUGAACCCAAAGGAGAAUCUCAUUCCUUGACCGAGUUAAUUGGCGGUGGAGGAUCGGGUGAUGUGAUGGGUGACGGCACGCUUGUGUUUCCCAUGCAAGCCAAAAACAAGGACGGACAGCGCGUUUUACUGUCUAUGAGCUUCCCCAAGCAAAGGAACAAAUGGGAGCUUUCAUCCGAGACGCCUGGUAACGGCUGCAGGGAUCCAACCCUGGUGAAGUGGAAAGAAGACGACGACGAAAGACUCUUCAUGAUGGCUCAUUGUGCUGGAGGCUACUAUGACGUUUACAUGUCCACUCCGCAUGGAGUCAAUUGGUAUCCAUCGGGUCAGCCAAUUACUCGCGUGUGGGGCAACUCACGUAAUCGAACAGGGGACGGCGUCCAGAGUGGAUCCACCACCGCAGUCAUUGAGGGAAAGAAGGUGAUGCUCAUCACCGCGCCGGUGUAUCCGAAGGACGACAAUAAGGGUGGAAAAGGUCGGCUCCAUCUUUGGGUGACGGACAAGGCACGUGUGUAUGAUGUUGGGCCGGUAUCCCGUGAAGAUGAUGACGCUGCCGCCAGCUCGCUGUUGAUGAAAGAUGAGAAUAAGGAGUUGAUUUCACUGUACGAGAACAAGAAGAAGGACGGAACAUACAGUCUUGUUGCUGUGCGUCUGACCGAGAAGCUGGAGCGGAUAAAGAAAGUGGUGAAGACAUGGAAGGAUUUGGACAGCGCCUUGAGAACAUGCAGUUCCGGUUCCAGUGCCACUGUUGACGCGCGCAAAAAGGGUAUGUGCAAUGGUCGUGUUCCCACUGAGAGGCUUGUUGGCUUCUUGUCUGGUAACUCAACUCAGACCGAGUGGCGAGACGAGUACCUCGGCGUGAAUGCAACAGUCCAUGGCCCAACGGAAAAAAGGAUAGGGGUUCCCAAUGGAUUGACGUUCAAAGGGUCUGGAGCAGGUGCAGAAUGGCCCGUUGGCGACAUGGGGCAGACUGUGCCGUACUACUUUGCGAACAACGAGUUCACUCUUGUGGCGACGGUUUCCAUCCACGAGGUGCCGAAGGGAGACAGCAGGCCCAUUCCUUUGAUUGGCGUGAGGAUGAAUGACACCAGCAGCACGGUGCUCUUUGGUCUGUCGUACACCCAUGAAAAGAAGUGGUUGGCCAUACCUGAGAAUUCCGGUAAUGUGAAGCUUGUUGAUGAUUGGGAGCCAAACAGGACGUAUCAGGUGGUACUGCGAAUGGAUUGUCACUAUUGGACUGUCUUUGUAGAUCGAGAGGAAAUCCACAACAAGAGAUAUAAUACGAGUCUGUUUGACUUCCACAGGAUUUCACACUUCUACAUCGGUGGGGACAGUAAGGACCAAAGUGCAACGGGCGGCCAUGUUACUGUGACCAACGUCAUGCUGUACAAUGAGAAACUGUUUGGAGAUGAUGGUCUCUAUGAACUCUGUGCCAGCAAAGUCACUAUUCCAUCACCGGGUGUUGAGGAACAACCCACAGGACAGGCGGCCAACACGGGCGCUUUGGUUGCUUCCGAGUCAAGGAGUGAAGAAAUCACCGCCAUCUAUGAGAAAUUGACAGAGGAUUAUACUGAUAAACAAGAGGAAGAAAGCGUCCAUAUUUUGGUGCCUGCAGCGCCCUCUUCCACGGUUGCCGGGGGAUCCUCUGUUCCUGAACCCGCCAUCGCAGCGGAGAGCGCAGAGAACUCUCGUUCAGAUGACAAUGCCCAACUUUCCGAAGACAAAACGUCUCCGCAAGCCACAAUGAAUGAAGACAGUGAAUCGAUGCAGCGGGAUUCAGAUGUGCAGAAACAAGACCUACAGUCAGCGGAAUCAGCGGAUGUUACCGAUUUUGAAAUGUUCUCUGAAAGUAAUGAUAAAGAACAGCCAGAGGAGGAGGGAGGAACGAAUGACAUGAGUGGCGAAACAACGUUUCCAGUGGCUGUAUCAUUGAGUAUGGAAACGGCCGCCGGACCAGCUGACGGUGAGCACCAAGUGCGACAAAUCACUGAGCUUCCCGCUGAAAACGACGACGUGCGGUCCACUGGAACCGGAACCACUGGCGCGGAGGAAAGCCUCAGCCCCGAGGCGGGCGACGGAAAUUCCGAGAGAACAAUGAGCUCAGACAGCAGCCUCACUCCUUCAAAGAUUGACGCCGAACCGAGAUCCGCGGAGGACACCGACAACAUCUCUCGGACUGAAGGAGCCGAAUUUUCUUCUGAAGACGGCGAGGAGGCGCCACAGACGGUCGACACCGCACCGGGUAACACAAACACAGCGCCUGGGGAAACCAAGAUCCCGUCGGAGUCCAACGCAACAACACCCUCGGACACUGGCAUUUUGCUUGAGCACGGGCAUUUGGGCGAGUUGGCGGCCAUGUAUCUAAUUGGUGACACUACCGUGCAUGUGUGUGUGUCUCGGGUGUUGUUGCUGCUGCUUCUGGGGCUGUGGGGCACUGCGGCUCUCUGUUGA